AAUGAGCCAGAAUGAAAUUUUCUCCCCUUUUUUUCUCUUUUUCUUAAUCUUGUUUGGGUAAUUGGGUGUUCAUUGAUUCGUUUGUAGGUUGUUAGGCCACAAAUCAAAAGGAAAAGAUUGUUUUCUUCUCUGGUAAAGGACUCCCAGUCCCCUGGAGCUGUAAAUGAAAUCAGAUGAGAUGAUGCCAAAACCUGAGCCAGACCCCUUAAGUGUUCCUUUAUUAGAUCAUAUAGAAAUUAAAGGUAAACAAGAACAGAAGACAGUAACGGAUGGAACAUCAGCAGCAGCUCCCCAAUCUCCUCCCUUGUCAAACGAUGAAAUCAACCUUGAAUCGGGUGAGGAAAUCUCAGAAAAAGCUGGUUGGAAAAGGAGGGUCGUUGCAGAGCCAAAGGAACAGCUAUGGCUAGCUGGUCCUCUUAUUGGGGUUAGCAUAUUACAAUACUGUCUGCAAAUAAUUUCUAUCAUGUUCGUUGGUCACCUUGGUGAGCUUCCUCUAUCUGGUGCUUCAAUGGCUAUUUCUUUCGCUUCAGUUUCUGGUUUUAGUUUGUUGUUAGGAAUGGGAAGUGCAUUGGAGACAUUGUGUGGUCAAGCAUACGGAGCAAAACAGUAUCAUAUGCUGGGGAUUCAUAUGCAGAGGGCAAUUUUAGUCCUUUUAGUCGUUAGUAUUCCCCUUGCUUUCAUCUGGUUCUACACAAGCCAAAUUCUUGAAGCCUUUGGGCAAGAUGUUGAAAUAUCGAUAGAAGCAGGGAAGUUUACUUGUUGGUUGAUCCCAAGUCUUUUUGCUCAUGGAAUCAUUCAAUGUAUGAUCAGAUUCUUACAAGCCCAAAACAUUGUCUUUCCUAUGAUGAUAACUUCUGGAAUUACAGCUCUACUCCACAUCCUCAUUUGUUGGCUUUUAGUAUACAAAUCUAGUUUUGGCAUGAGAGGUGCAGCUUUGGCAAUCUCCAUCUCCUAUUGGAUCAAUGUGUUGCUUUUAGCAUUUUACAUCAAAUUAUCUCCUACUUGCAAGAUGACUUGGAGUGGAUUUUCAAAGAAAGCAUUGCAUGAUAUUUUCAAUUUUCUAAAACUUGCUAUUCCUUCAGCUAGUAUGAUCUGCUUAGAAUAUUGGUCUUUUGAGAUGGUAGUUCUCCUAUCUGGUCUCCUUCCUAAUCCAAAGCUGGAGACAUCAGUGUUGUCGAUAAGCCUGAACACAUGUUGGAUGGUCUAUACAAUCUCUGUUGGUUUAGGUGGUGCUGUGAGUACGAGGGUCUCAAAUGAACUAGGGGCAGGACAAGCACAAAGGGCACGCUUAGCAGUAUAUGUUGUGACUGCGAUUGCUUUGACAGAGGGUGUGACAGUAGCAACCAUUACUUUUUCGGUUCGUGGUGUUUGGGGCAGAUUAUACAGUAAUGAAGAAGAAGUGAUCAAAUAUGUGUCAUCCAUGAUGCUAUUACUUGGAGUAUCUAACUUCUUGGAUGGACUCCAGUGUGUGGUUUCAGGUGCUGCAAGAGGGUGUGGAUGGCAAAAUACCUGUUCAGUUAUCAAUGUUAUAGCUUAUUAUGUUGUGGGCAUUCCUUUAGCUGUCCUGUUUGCUUUUGUCUUGCAUAUUGGAGGAAAGGGUCUUUGGCUGGGUAUCAUAUGUGCACUCCUUACACAACUAGUGUUGCUUGUUCUCCUAAAUCUGCAUACUAAUUGGGAGGAAGAGGCAAGGAAAGCUAAAGACAGGGUUGACAAUAAUGGCGUCCCCACCAUUGAUAAGGCGUCAUAGAGUUGGGCUUAUCAAGAUGUUCAAGGUCUUACGAGGUCUGGGCCUGGGUAUGAUGUAUUGGUAGUUUGGGCCCAACCCAUCAAUUAAAGGGCGUUUUUAGCUCAUGAGGUAUAAAAUAUUUGAUCAUUUGAGAUAGAAGAAAUCACAUUGAUUUGAAUUGUAUUAUGUAGAGCAAAAAGAUUUGGAAGAAAAAAAAGGAGAGAAUAAAUUCAUUUGCUCUCCCCCCACAAAAGAAAAUUUACUAUUUUUAGAUGUCAUAUUUGUUUUGUUCUACUUAUCAAUUACCAACGGGUAGAAAGAUUGGAGCAUUCUCUGUGGGAUAAAGCAAGCCAAAGCUGAUGGAUGGGAGGUGAAAGAGAUCUGGAGUGAUGCAGAGGAGUUGGGAACCCUACUCUCCGAUAACAAUACCAAAUGGUGGCUUUGGAGUGCCAUAUCUCUUUUCUUGGAUGUUUAUAACUCUUUGUUGAUACCAAACUUUUGACUCAAGCCUACAAACGAA